AUGGCAGAUUCCACAUCAGAAAUUCCAAUCCCUAUUAGGGUGCAAGAAAAUGCGACAGAACCUACUUCGACCGGACAAAAGAUUGAUCCUUGGAAUGUACAAGGAGAAAUCGGUGCAGAUGGAGUCGCGAAAGCAAUUAACUACAACACCUUGAUUGAGGAAUUCGGCACCAAGAAAAUACUGGCGGAAGAUUUGGAAAGGUUCGAAAAAGUCACAGGUCACAAACCUCAUAGGUUUAUGCGGAGAGGAAUUGUAUUCAGUCAUCGAGAUUUGAACUUGAUUUUGGACCGGCACGAGAGAGGGGAGACAUUCUUCUUGUACACAGGGAGAGGGCCAAGCAGUGACAGCAUGCAUAUAGGACAUACCGUUCCUUUCGAGUUCACCAAAUGGUUGCAAGAGGUCUUUGAUGUCCCGCUGGUUAUCAUGAUGACAGACGACGAGAAAUUCAUAUUCUCCGAAAAGCGAACUAUUGAAGAGGUCAUGAGCUACACAGCUGGGAAUGCGAAGGAUAUUAUUGCCGUUGGGUUCGACCCGAAGAAGACGUUCAUAUUCAGUGAUUACGAUUACAUGGGAGGCGCAUUUUACAAAAAUGUUACGAGAAUGUCAAAGAUGAUUACAUUAAACACGGCAAGAGCGGUUUUUGGGUUUAAUGAUAGUUCCUGUAUUGGAAAGAUUCAUUUUGGAGCUGUCCAAGGCGCAACAUCCUUUGCAAACUCUUUCCCGCACAUUUUCGGCGAUGACGAUUCCAAAACAUCACAGAUUCCAGCUAUGAUUCCAUGCGCUAUUGAUCAGGACCCUUAUUUUCGUUUGACCCGAGAUGUAGCAGCCCGUCUACAUUACGCAAAGCCUGCUCUGAUCCACGCGCGAUUCCUGGACGCAUUACAAGGUCCAGGCUCUAAGAUGAGUUCCUCUGUCGACACCUCUGCAAUUUUUAUGUACGACGAGCCAAACAAGAUCAAGAAUAAAAUCAACAAGUACGCUUUUUCCGGAGGACAAGACACCAUGGAAGAACAACGGGAGAAGGGUGGCGACACAGAAAAAGAUGUGGCUUACCAGUACCUGACGUUCUUCUUAGAAGAUGACGAGGAGCUCGAAAAGAUCGGCAACGACUACCGGACUGGAAAAAUGCUGACCGGCGAGCUUAAAGCCAAGUGCAUAUCUGAGCUCCAAGUUUAUGUAAAAGGAUUCCAAGAGCGAAGAGCCCAGGUGACUGACGAAGUCGUGGCCGAUUUCUUUUCAGCCAAAAAGCUCGAGUGGAAAGGCAACCCAAAUCCAACCGUUGUCGCAAAAGAGGGAGGUGAGGCUGGAGCAUCAGCAGAAGGAGAUGGAAAGUUGUCGAAAAGUCAAUUGAAAAAGAUAGAGAAGGAAAAGAUCUUUGCUCAGCGCAAAGCAGAAAAAGAGGCCGCUAAGACGGCGAAGGCCGGCGGCAGUUAG